GCCCAGGCAGGGGGCCGGGUCCUGGACGCCACCGCCAGUAAGAUGUCGCAACCCGGGGUUCGGCUGGUGUGGCUAGGUCGCGUGCAGUAUGCCGAGCUACUGGCGCUACAAGAGCGCUGGCUGCGGCGACUGCAGGCCGAGCCUGCAACUAAGGCCUCGUCGGGGACUGAGGCGGGCGCGCUCCUGCUGUGCGAGCCCGCGGGGCCCGUUUACACAGCCGGGCUGCGCGGUGGCCUGACAUCGGAGGAAACGGCGCGGCUGCAGGCCUUGGGCGCCGAGGUGCGUGCCACAGGCCGCGGCGGCCUGGCCACCUUCCACGGUCCGGGGCAGCUGCUUUGCCACCCGUUGCUGGACUUGCGGCGCCUAGGCCUGCGCUUGCGCACUCACGUGGCGGCGCUGGAGGCGUGCGCCGUGCGCCUGUGCGAACUCCAGGGCCUCAGGGGCGCCCGCGCGCGGCCCCCGCCCUACACCGGCGUCUGGCUGGGCGAGCGCAAGGUUUGCGCGAUCGGAGUUCGUUGUGGAAGGCACAUCACAUCCCACGGCCUGGCUCUGAAUUGCUCUACGGACCUCACAUGGUUUGAGCAUAUUGUACCUUGCGGACUGGUUGGGACAGGCGUCACUUCCCUAAGUGAGGAGCUCCAGAGGCACAUCACCGUGGAUGAUAUAAUGCCAUCUUUCCUUGUGGCCUUUAAGGAGACGUACAAAUGCACACUGGUCUCGGACGACAGCCCCAGCUGAAGAGUAUUCAUGUUAUCCCAGCCAGGAUGACCCUGUCUUAGAAACCACCAAAUCUGACUUGAGUCACUGGAACCCCAGUUCUAGACCUGGCUUAUUAUUCACUGACUGUGAGACCAAGGGCAAAUCAUGAGCUCUGAACCAUUGUCUGCUUAUGUGUUGCAGUUUAAUUAUAUUAUCUUUGCCUACCUCAGGUUCUAGAUUGAAAACAUGAAAAGAAACAUAUGCUGUAUAACAUUAGUAUGGCCCGUUUCUCAGCCUAGAGAAACUCAGAUGUCAUAGACUGACAUUCUCAAUUGUUUGUUACUUUCCUAAUACUGUAUCUAAUUGAAUAUUUCUGGUGGAGUUCCAUUGAUUUUUGUAGGAAUCAAAUCCCUGGAUGGCCCACAUUAAAGUGAUGUGAUGUGGCACUUUUUGCAUUCUCAAGAGACCUGGGUGCCUUCUGCAAUAAAGGGAAGAGCAUUAUCAAAGAAAAAAGUGGGAUCUUGUCUUCCUGGGUUAGAUUCUUCAAGUUUGAUAAUUUCCCUGUUUUGGGUUGGGAUACCCUGAACUGGGUCAGAGGUUACAGGAAGAACAAGAAUAAUUUCUUGGGCUGGGGAUAUAGCUCAGUUGGUAGAGUGCUUGCCUUGCAUGCACAUGGCCCUGGGUUCAAUCCCCAGCACCACAAAAAUAAUAAUUUUUCACACUGUACAAAUGCUGAAGAGGAAAGUGAAUGUUCCUACAUGAGACCCUUAAGUUUAGAAUGCUGUGUACUGGUUGCCUCUUGCUGCAUAAUGAGUCACCAAAACUUAAUUGACUUAAAACUAUAGUAAACAUUUAUUAUCUCAUUUUUUGUAGAUCAAAAAUUUGGGAGAAGCUUAGCUGGAUGUUUCUUUUUUUAUUAUCAAAUUUUUUAAUUGAUUUUAUUUUUUAACUACAUGACAGCAGAAUGCAUUACAAUUCUUUUUUUUUUAAAGAGAGAGAGAGAGAGGAGAGAAAGAAUUUUUAAUAUUUAUUUUUUAGUUUUCGGUGGACACAACAUCCUUGUUUGUAUGUGGUGCUGAGGAUCGAACCCGGGCCGCACACAUGCCAGGCGAGCACACUACCGCUUGAGCCACAUCCCCAGCCCAACAUUACAAUUCUUAUUACACAUAUAGAGCACAAUUUUUCAUAUCUCUGUAUAUAAAGUAUGUUCACACCAAUUCAUGUCUUCAUACAUGUACUUUGGACAAUGAUGUCCAUCACAUUCCACCAUCAUUGCUAACCCCCUGCCCCCUCCUUACUCCCCCCACCCCUCUGCCCUAUCUAGGGUUCAUCUAUUCCUUCCAUGCUCCCCCUCCCUACCCCACUAUGAGUCAGACUCCUUAUGUCAGAGAAAACAUUCGGCAUUUGGUUUUUUGGGAUUGGCUAACUUAGCAUUAUCUCUCCAACUCCAUUCAUUUACCUGCAAAUGCCAUGAUUUUAUUCUCUUUUAUUGCUAGUAAUAUUCCAUUGUGUAUAAAUGCCACAUUUUUUUUAUCCAUUCAUCUACUGAAGGGCAUCUAGUUUAAUUCCACAGUUUAGUUAUUGUGAGUUGUGCUGCUAUAAACAUUGAUGUGGCUGUGUCCCUGUAGGCUGAUUUGCAGUCCCACCACCAAUUUGCAGUCCCACCAGCAAUGUAUGAGUGUGCCUUUUUCCCCCACAUCUUCACCAACACUUACUUAAUAGCUGCCAUUCUGACUGGAGUAAGAUGAUAUCUUAGAAUAGUUUUGAUUUGCAUUUCUCUAAUUGCUAGAGAUGAUGAACAUUUUUUUCAUAUAUUUGUUGAUUGAUUGUAUAUCCUCUUCUGAGAAGUGUCUGUUCAGGUCAUUGGCUCAUUUAUUAAUUGGGUUAUUUGUUUUUUUGGUUAGCUAGAUGUUUCUAGUUUAGUAUUAUGGAUGAUUUUGGAUUAAAGAUGUCAGCUAUUAUCUGAAGGCUUGAUGGGUUGGAGGACAGCUUCCAAGAUGUUCACACAGUUUCCUGGUUGAUUCUGGUUGUUGAGAGGAGGCCUCAGUUCCUCACCAUGUGGACCCUUUGAUAGAAACUACUAGAAAGUUCUUAUGAUAAAACAUGUGGCUUCUCCAAGCAAGUGAUAUUAGAGAGAAAGUAGGAGCCACUGUGACUUUUAUGUCCAAGCCUUGGAAGUCAUACAGUAAUUUUUGCAGUUUCCAAACAGAUGAGCCCUAUUUAGUAUGAAAGGGAUGUCAGGGGUGCUGCAAGAGAUGAGGAUCUUUAGGGGCCAGCUUGGAGUAUGGCUUCCACAGCUCAUUGAGAAUAGAAAGAACCUUGACUGAGAAGACAACCUCUCUCUGGGCUUCAGCUUUUCCCUGGACCAGUGUUCACUAGAAAUUAACGAGGGCCACUGUAGAGAAUCAGAUGUAACUGCGUUACUAUUACUGUCCUUGAUGGAGUCUGCCUGCAAAGGGAUAUUCUGUCAAGGUAUAGAUAGGUAACAGCGGACAUGCUUGAAAACAAGGUGUCUGCUGUCCUUGGGAGGGCCUACUCGCAAACGAGAGGCUCCUUCAAGGUUUAGAUAAGGUAACAGCCGACAUGCUUGAAAACGAGGUGUCUGCUAUCCUUGGGAGGACUUGCCUGCAAACGGGAUGUUCUGCCAAGUGGGCUAGGAGGGCGCUGAGAAAAAUUUUAUUAUCUGUUCUUAACAAAGAGCAAGCUCAACAUACUCCGAGCUGAGAAUAGAUUAGCCAUGAGAAGCGGGUCACUUCUGAUUAGAAAGUAAAACUUCUGUAUGCUAUGUUUAAUUAGCUGAAAGACCUGAUUUAUUGAUGUUGGAAGGCUGCCUUCUUUGUUCACAAUACUAUAAAAAGAUUGCUUGUACACAAUAAAGGACUUUUUUUCUGCUGCU